AAGAAUAAAAAAGGGCCAUUCAUAUCGAUAACUAGGCAAUCGUAUUUUUUUUAUCAUCAAUUCAACGUUGUUAUUUAUAGAUUGAUCGAGUGAUUUAUGUGGUUAUGGAACAAUAAAAUCAAUCAUCAUUUGUAGCGUCUUGCAUUUUAUUUUUGCUGUUGUCAAUUUUCAUAACACCAUAAUGAUUAAGAUUAAGAUUAAUUCGAUAAUUUUUAUAAUCACAUUGAUCAUUGGAUUAUCAAAUGGUUUUUUCUUAAAAAAUCUUUAUCCACCAACUGAAACGGCUAAUCGAUUGAUCGGUACAAUUGAUUCGAAACCAUUAUUUUUAACACCAUAUAUUGAAUCCGGUCAAUUGGAUAAAGGACGUCGUUUAAGUGAAGUUGUUGGCUUAACUGGUCUUGAUUUGAAAAGUUAUUCCGGAUUUUUAACCGUAAACAAGACUUAUGAUUCGAAUAUGUUUUUCUGGUUUUUUCCUGCAUUGGUAUACAGAAAAACCGAUGUACCCGUGCUACUUUGGCUUCAAGGCGGUCCUGGUGGAUCCUCUUUGUUUGGUUUGUUUGUCGAAAAUGGCCCAAUCAAAGUUUCGGCAAAUGGAAUCCCUUAUAUGCGUGAUAGUACCUGGAAUCGGGAAUUUGCUGUUUUAUACAUUGAUAAUCCGGUCGGUACCGGUUUUAGUUUCACUAAAGAUGAUCGAGGUUAUGCUACCAACGAAGUAGAUGUUGCCGAAAAUCUUUAUGAAGCUUUACGACAAUUUUUCACUCUUUACUAUGAAUAUAAAGGAAAUGCAUUCUUUUUGACUGGUGAAUCUUAUGCCGGAAAAUAUGUUCCGGCUAUUGGAUAUAAAAUUCACUGCAUGGGUAAAGAAGCAGAGAAAUCUGGCAUAAAUCUUCAAGGUUUAGCCAUUGGUGAUGGAUUUUCCGAUCCAAAACAUAUGGUUGAUUAUGGAGAUUACCUAUAUCAAGUAGGUUUAAUCGAUGAAAUUCAACGUGCUCAUUUCAAAGAAGAACAACGACUGGCCAUAAAAUACAUUGAUGAUGGACAGAUGAUGAAAGCAGCACAAAUAUUUGAUCGUCUUUUGGAUGGUGAUUUUGAUAAAAAAUCCUAUUUCUACAAUGCAACUGGUUUGAAUUUCUAUUACAACAUUCUUUAUGAUCGACAGCCAGAUGAUUUUGGUUAUUAUUCUAAAUUCUUGGCAUCAGCUAAAACACGUGAAUCAAUACAUGUGGGCAAUUUACAUUUUGGCGAUGAUUCUAUUCGUGUUGAAGAACAUCUACUCAAUGAUAUGAUGGCCAGUGUUAGUCCAUGGAUUGAAAAAUUAUUGGAUGGAAAUUAUCGAUUAAUGUUUUACAGUGGUCAAUUGGAUAUAAUUGUAGCUGCACCAUUAACUGAAAAUUUUUUAAGACAUUUAAAAUGGAAACGAUCGAAUGAAUAUCGUAUGGCUAAACGUUUGAUUUAUCGUAUUAGUCCAAAUGAUCAAUCAGUUGCAGGUUAUGUACGUCAAGCUGGUAAUCUUUAUCAGGUGAUUAUUCGAAAUGCUGGCCAUAUAUUACCAUAUGAUCAACCGAAAGUAGCAUUGGAUAUGAUAACACGUUUUGUUAAAAAUGAAUCAUUUUAAUCAUUUCUGAUUAUAAUAACAAUGUUGACUAAUCAAUAA